CGGAGGCAGCCAACUCUACGUUCUCGUAUCUCAUCGCUGCUAAGCAUCAAAUUUUUGCAGCGCAGCAGCAGACACAGGGAAGCAAGCAACAACAGCAGAAACACACCCAUAAACAUCAUACAAAUGAAUAUUAGCAACAGCAAUACAGACAUGGACAGCGGCAGAUACAGUGACACAAACAAAAGCAGCAGAGACAUGGACAUGGACAUCAGAAAUAGAAACAGAGACAUGGACAGCAGCAGCAGAAAUAAAGACAUGGACAUUAGCAACAGAAACAGAGACAUGGACAUCAGCAACAGAUACAGAGACAUGGACAUCAGCAACAGAAGCAGAAACAUGGACAUCAGCAGCAGCGGCGGAGACAUGGACAUCAGCAGCAGAAGCACAGACAUGGACAGCAGCAAAAACAGAGACAUGGACAUCAGCAGGAAUAGAGACUUGGACAUCAGCAACAGAAACAGAGACAUGGACAUCAGCAACAGAUAUAGAGACAUGGACAUCAGCAGGAAUAGAGGCAUGGGCAUCAGCAGUAGCAGCAGACACAUGGACAGCCUCAGCAGAAAUACAGACAUGGACAUCAGCAGAAGCAGAGACAUGGACAUCAGCAGCAGCAGAGACAUGGACAUCAGCAGCAGCAGCAGCAGCAGCAGAAAUGCAAGCAGCAAUACCAGUAGCAGCAGGUCAUUGCAGGUUAAUAACCAUGAUGUUUCCACUGAAAAGACUCAAAUGAUGUGGAAACAUAAGGACAAUGAACAAACAAAACAGGCAAAUAAACUGAGAGAAUUAUCUCUUCAAACAGUUCCUCUGAAAGCAGAGACACCCACAGAUCAACACAAUAGGCAGUUCCCAGAGCUGUCAAGUCCAGCCAGCCUCCAAACACAGACAGAGGCUUCACUAGUUGAGACGGAUAAGGGGUCAGAACCAGCGUUGCCAUCAGAUGGGACGGACUGCAACCCCUCUUCAGGGCAGGACAUAAACAAGAUGGAGCUCAGCGUCCAACAUGGUACUGUGAGCAAAUCUGAAGCAUGGCUGUCAGAGCCGCAAAGCAUCAUGGGACACAAAACAACAACAGACCAAUUGCAGAGCAAGGCUUCUGCAUUUUACAACAAAGAGCUCAGGGACAAAGACAGAUCCAUGUCUGACACCUGGAUACCUGGGCCAGGUGAGAAGGAAAGCCCCGCCCUUCCCAAUGGUACUUCUACCAUUGAAGAAUCACGUAACUCCACAAAAGAUGGCCCAAACACAUCUGAUGAGAAUAAAGACUCACAUGAACCAAUUCUGUCCAUCCCUGUUUAUAAAACGCACGCAUGCUGCGCACCAUUGAGGUCUGAGAACAAAGAUGAAAGGGAAGUCAUCAAAGACACUCCUGGUGGUGCAGAAACAGAAAACUCUACUCUCUCCUUUUCUAAUAAGAACAAUAUAACAAAUACAUUUGGCCUUUCUCCUAUAUGGGUAAAAACAGAGCACAGUGCCUCAGAAAUACACUGUGAUGAUCAUUUAAAGACACAGGGGUCAGUGUCCACUAGACAAGAGGCCCCUGUGGUUGCUCCCAAAAGUCCAAAUCAAAAUGAUGUCAACAAAUUAUUCACAGAGAAGAGUACCUUUAGAGCUUCAAAUAAGCAAGCAAUGUCCACUGCCUCUCAGUCAUCCAAAACUGCACAGACAAGCUUGGACUUGCCAAAAAGGGCAAACGAUUUUGCUACAGACAUCUCACUUGGCACGGAUCCCAUUCGAUCGGCACGGCCGACCUCGGCUAGCCAUCGUCAGAGAAUCAUGGCCUGGAGGUCCCACCUCCCACACAGGCACUCCUCCUCAGUGCAGGUACAUUCUUCCUUACCGAAGACCGAGGGUGCUGCUACAAACCACCAACAUGCUGUGCCCAGACUCAACUCCUACCCAGCUGCCGUUGGCUCUUUGGGCCCUCCCAAGGCCCGCUAUUACCCUGCUGAAACUCCUCUGGUGAAAGCCAAGUCAUGUGAGAGACUGCUUCAGAAGGCAGCGAGUGUAGACUCACCUCGUUCUCUCCCUGUUUCUAACAUGAGAUCUAUGUCCUCCUCUGAGAGAAUUAAUAUCUUAGCAAAGCACCAAGCCCAAGGACUUCAACCAGCAAGAGACUACUGUGAGUUAAGCGAACCUCAGCUACCUCAUAGCUUAACGAGAGGGAGAGGCUAUUCCACUCAUGAAAUGAAUUCAUUAGAGCAUGGCGCAGAUAACUCCCAGCUUGUGCAUGAACACAGAUCAUUAAGCAACUUAACGUUACCAAAGUAUGGAUUAUCCAAAGAUAGAUAUCAUCCCCAAUCGAAACUAAGUGUUUUCUCAAAUGGCCACUUAGGAAAGUCCCAACCUGCUCUAGACAAAGGAAAUAUUGGAGGUUACGACCAAAAAUACUCAAAAUUCAGAUCUCAUGGUAAUUUAAGUAUAGAAUCAUUAUAUAAAGGUCAUUCAUUAGAUAAGGUCAAUAUCAAUGCAGACCCAGUUGCACUCAAAAAUAAGAGAAACUAUUCGUUUGAUAUGUAUCAGGCAGACCAUUUCAAUCAUCAGGAGGACCGUAAUGGAAGAUCAGAGAUAGAUUCCACAGACAUCCCAUAUAAAAAACACUGGCAUAGUCUCUCAUACGGCAAGAGAAAAGAGAACAGAAGGUGGUCAUCAGUCUCAGAGCUGAGAAACCCUGAAGGCCACUACAGGACACAGAUGCAUCAGACUUCGCUUAGUCAGCGACAGACCCUCCCAAAGCUAAAAAAGCCUUUGUUAGAUUCUACAGGCAGCCAGAUCAGCUUGGACUGCAGCUCCGAGAGCACGGACGAUGACAUCUUCUCCAUGUCACUUGGGCGGCGCGGACAGGGGAGUCCCCUCGACUCCUUCACCGCACACGACAAGGGACUAAAACCACAUCACACAUCCUCCUCCAAUGUGUAUCAAUCUACUGGUGACCAAGCAAAUGUGUACUCUUCUAGGAGCUUUGAUUUGUCACGGAGUCGAUCUGUCUCUGUGUCCAACGUCUCCUCGAACAGAACUGCAGGUCUUCGACGGAUCUCCACAGGAAGCCGGACCACCACUCUCUCAGAUCUCAGGGACAGUGAGGACUUUGAUGAUUCUAUCUCACCCGAACCCAGAACUCUCUCCUGCACUUUGGACCAGACUGUGUCCAGUGGACCAGUCCAGAGGCUUCCAACCCUUGGUCACAUUUGGCGUGGUGGUAGCCUUGCUUCGUCCUGUGGUUCCUUACUUUCAUCUAGUCAAGUGUGUCUAGACAACCCAUUUCCCGUGGGCAACUACUAUCUCACCUAUGUAGAGUCAGAGGACAGUGAUUCAGACACACUCUCUGAGGGUGAAUAUUGCCUGUAUGGUUCAGGUGAGGACUUAGAGUCUUCACUAUAGUGAUCAAGAACAUUUUGUUUGUUUAGCCUGUAUUGCAUCAAUCCAUAAAUGCAUAAUGCAUAAAUGCAUUAGCCUAAUGUGUUUAAACUGUUAUUCGUCCUCAUAAAUGUUUAUUUUGUGCAAUGUUUGUGAACAACAAAUAUAGGCUACCGAUUAGGCCAAAGGCUUUCUGCAAUGACAAUCUAAUGGCAGUAGAUGGCCCUAAUGAGCAUAACACAGACACUGAACAUUCAUGAGAUUAUUAUAUAUUUUCUUUUGUAUUUAGUUUCCCCUUCAUUCCGUUUUGUUGUUUGUGUUGUUCUUCAUUCAUCUUGAUGUUGUCAUUAUGGAUACUUAUGGUGGUUUAUGUGAAAUAUUAUUUAGGAAGACUACUCUGUUUCCCAUUCAGACAUUUAUGAUUCUUGAGUAAAAAUGAAUCUUGAAUGUGCAAUGAAUAAAACUAUUAGUCUGGCUAUGACCAUAGGCUACUAGCUCAAUCUCGCCGGCAGA